UGCAUUCGAACCGGGGGGGCGGGGGGGAAGCAAAGUCUGAAAAAAUUAGCAAUUGUCGCUGAGGUGUUUAAAACACCGCCUUCCACCUUAAGAAGGUCUUGGGACUUUCCAGAAAGUUGGACUGCGCCGCUUUUUUCCUCUGCUGGGUGGAGAGAGUUUUUCGGGGAGGGAGAGAGAGAGAAAGCUCAUCUCCAGGAAAUGAGUAAACUAGAAAAAAAAAUCGUAGUAACGCUACCCUCGUAGCUAAAAGCAACAGGCGUGUAGGAUGCCCAGAGAAGAAGGAAGUGCUUCAGACAGAGGUUUUGAUCGCAGCCGGCGCGAAAAGUCGAAGCCUGAAACAAACCUGGCUUGAAAAAGCAGAUAAAGCGGUCUCUGUCGGUCGUUUAGUCAAGUAAAACGUUUGUUGCUGGACGCAGUAAGAUUUUAUUAUGCCGGCCGGAUUCUUCCGGGUGUGCUUGGUGGUAAUAACAGCUAUUAUCAACCAUCCACUUCUCUUCCCAAAGGAAAAUGUUACUGUUUUUGAAAACACAGAAGAAAUCAUUGAAAAGAUGAAAGAGCGUGAGGAAAAUCUGAGGCUAGAGCAGCUGAAACUGGAGCAGGAAUUAGCAGCACAGGAAGUUUCAGUGGAUUCUUCAGAGAAGACUGAACCAGAAAAACAGUAUGACCAUGAUUCACUUUCUUGGAAUUUCUGGACUGCUUUGUCCAUGAUAGUCUUUCUUCUAAUUGAAUUCUGGAGACAGGAUUACCAGGAAGGGAACUGGCAAGAUUAUACCAAAGAAGAUGAUGAAAUUAAUGUCCUGGGAAGAACAUUCAAGGGUUUUAUUCUACCAGACAAAGUUACAUUGGAUAGUUUUUAUGAAAGAUGUCUCCAGAAUGUAACAAAUGAUAUUGCUAGGAACCGAGAGCUUGUGGAAGGCUUUGCAGAUGACUUAUUAGAAGCUUUGAGAAGCGUGUGUAACCGAGAUACUGACAUGGAAGUGGAAGAGUCUAUAGGAGUUGGGAGCAUGUAUGAAAAUUGGAGAACAAACAAGCCUUUCACUUGUGAUUUCAUUGUCCCCUUUAAUCCCCCAGAGCCGUAUUGUUUCCAAUUUGAGACUUGGUGUUCAGGAGAGUCUGUUCUACCAGACAAAGGAAGUUAUGGCAUGAUAAAGAUCAUCCGGUCAGAUGAGAGCUCAUCAAGUUGUAUCUGUGAUAAAACUAAAUUGGGGGAAGAUUUACUUUGUCUACUUCACAGCAAAGUGAGCCAAACUAGACAGAGUAACCAUAUGGAAGAUCUCCUUUGCUUCAAAGAUACUCAGUAUCUUGAUUCUGACCAAGUUAUGACAUGGUUCCAGAUGGCACUUACCAAGGGAUGGAAUAAAAUUGCACACAAGUAUGAAUUCAGUCUUAUUUUCAAUCACCUGGAUACUCCAGGUGCCCUGAAAAUCAAGUUCAGGUCUGGAAAAAGCAUCACAUUCAAUCUCAGGCCUGUGGUACAAUACGCAGAUUCUGAUGUAUAUUUUAUCUCUCACUUUCCAUUCAACAGCUUGGCACCGAGUUUCACUACCAACACUCACUGGUUUCUUACCUUUACUGUGUAUGAGAAGAGAUAUAUCCAGUUUAUUUCCAAAACUUUGCCUGCUAAUCCUUGCCACCUCAGUUGCCUCCAGAUUUUGUCUUUCCUUCAUGGAAAGCAGUGCAGUCUGACAGAACCGAGUAGCCUGACAAACUAUCAUUUCAAAACAGUAAUGCUGCAUUUGCUACAAAUCCAUCCUAGUUCAGCAUGGACUUCUGACUGUCUGGAGGCCAGGCUGCAAGAUGUACUCAACUUUUUGGAGAAAAGCUUGCAAGAAAAAAGGCUUUACCACUUUUUCAUUGGAAAUAGAAAUCUGCCACAGGAACUGGGUGUUCCAGUGGAGUUUCAAAAGGCAGAACCACUGAACCUUUUCCGGCCCUUUGUACUGCAGCGAAGCACUUAUAGAAAAGCUAUGGACAUGUUCCACGAGAUGCUUAAGAAUACAUCAGCUUUAAUUAAUGAAUAUUCCAUGCAUGUUCAAAAUGGACGGGCAAUUCCACUAAAUAAAGAUCUUCUGUGACAGCUCCUUUGACAGCUACCAUAUAUGUAAAUCUCCCCAUGGGAGAAGACAUGUAGAAUUUACAGAUAUCUGUACAACAAAUACCAUUCUCAUUUCCUUUCCAAUGAUCUUGGCUGAUAUUUAUGCAACCUUCAACAUUUUUACCACUGUGUAUUUCUUCGUUGUAAUGAGUUUAAGCAAGGAAAAAUAUUUUUAAUUUAUUAUAUUACAGUUUUAGGAAUAUAAUGGUAUCUGUGUUAAGUGUUUUAUUAUUGCUGCUGUGGCAAAGUACCGUGGCCAGACUGAAAAAGAGUGCCUUCUUUAUAAGGUCUAACAUAUUUAAUGAGAGAAGGAUGAUGUACAAUUAAGUAAUAGAUCUUCAGUCUUGUUCCCUUCCAAUUGAUAUAAAAUUCUACUACCAGGAUUUUUAAAAUGUAAUUUUAAUUUAGUUUAGAUAUAUGUGGCAAAACCUGGUUCCAUAUAACUUUAUGCAUUUGACAGUGAAAUUCCAAAUUACACCUUUAGAAACAGAUCCUACUAAAUUUGAAACAGCUUACUUCUAAGGGAUCUCAACUUAAAUAGGCUUGACAUACUUGCAGUGAGAAACUCUUCAGCAGGUCCAACUUUGCUCAUCUUCACUGAAAUGAUUCACCUCCAUAACGCAGAAGAAUAAUCCCCAAAUCUAAUACCAUAAAACCAGGCUCUUGGGUAACCAACCUACAUUUCAUCAAAUAUUACUUUUUCCAUGACUGAAUCUUCAUCCAAAUACUCUCUCAAAUGUUUUCUAUGAUUAAUUUUCCUCAAAAAUACAGUUUGAAAAAACAAAAGCAAAUAAAUAAUAUCCAGAUAUAGUUGCAUUUAAAAAUUGGCCAAAAUCAUUUGGAGCCAUGUAGUUAAUGUUAUAGUGUCGUGUAUAAACUAGGCAUUUGUUUUCUCAGAACCGGAAAUUCUAGCAACAGGUUGUGAUCUUGUAACUGAAAGAGGAACAAAAAAUGUCUUACUUUUGAGCUUUGCCAGGAUAAUUAUCAGCCAAAGACUUUUAAUAGAGCCCAUUCACUUGAAAGAUCGGAUUAGCUCUUUGCUUUCUGGACUGCAAAAUCCCUUCUAUUUCUUAGAUAAGAGCCUUGCUUUGCCACUCUCUGUUCCAAUGGAAAUUACUAAUUUUCAGAGGAAAAAAAAGUUUUCUAUAAUAAUGGACAAAUUACUAUUUUUGUACAGCAAACCUCAAUGAAUACUCUGAAGUGAAGAUUGUUUAAAUACCAAAAUCUACAUAAGAUUGAAUUAGAAAUACUGUAGGCAAAACUCACUCACCUUUAUAUCAGCUAUUGUGUGUGUGUGUAUGUGUGUAAAACUAAAAGUGGUGAACAUGAUUUAUCUUCCUGCCUCCUAUUUUUCCUUCAGCAACAACCCUAUUAGGUUAGUUGAGCUGAGAGACAUCAACUAGCCCAAGGUCACUCAGACACCUACUUCAGGCCUGAAACUCAUCAUCUGGUUUCUAAACCAGCACCUUCAUCACUACAGCACCUACCCUCCUCCAUUAUAUGUAUUUUAUUAAUACUUUUUGUGGCCGUUAGUGAUUUCCAGAAGCUAUAGAAAAUACAUAAAGCUGUUGAUUACAUUCUGAUAUAACACAAACAAAUCUUAAACUAGUGGUUUUUAAAAACUAGUGGUUUUUAGCUGUACCUACACAUAAUUCUGAAUGUACUGUAGUUUUACAGUGACAUGAAUCAUUCCUGCACUGUGGAGAAGAUCAGACUCAAUAGCUUAAAUUAUCUCUUCAGACCUAAUUCUAUAGCAACUACAUGGACAGGGCAAUUCUGUAUUUGCAUAUUCAUUAUCAAAUAUUUAGAAAGUCCACCUUCCAUUCAGUGUUUCUCUUUACUAACAGAAAUAGUCAAAUUAUUCCUGAUCUGAUUUAACAGUUUAAAUAGGACUAAAUAAUGCUGCUAUAUAAACUUUUCAUGCACUCUUGGAAUACAAUGAAUCUUUGCUUGAACGACCUUGAUGGGUCAAAACACUAUUGCUAUUUGCAUUACUUCAUUAAACAAGUUUAUAUUAUUUGUAUGAUGUCAUUAUGACUGAUAUAAAUUUUUACUAAAAUGCUGUAGUGGGUUUUCAGGAAUAAUGAACAUCUGUCACUGGUAAAUGUGUUAAAUUAGUUU